AUGGCAAGUGAAAAAAAAGAUGCCAGUGCACUGAUAUCAAAGAAAAAGACAAUUAAACCCAGAAAAUCUCGAGAUGCAGACUGCUGUAGCGUCAACUUCCUAAAAUGUGUUCUUCAUAUUUUUAAUGUCAUAUUUCUGUUUGCAGGCGCUGGCGUGUUCCUAGUUGGUGCAUGGACGAUCGCAACCAGACACCGCUUUGUGGCCCUUCUGCCUACUCCAACGUAUCCUGCAAUAUCCUACUUGCUGUGCAUCGCUGGUGCGUUGGGCGUGCCUCUCUGUGGACUUGGAUGCUGUGGCCUGAAGACUGAAAACCGAACUAGCUUAUUGUGUUACACAUAUUUUCUUCUAAUCACAUUCUUAUUGGAAGUGGGGGCGGGUGGUCUUGCCUUUUACUACGAAGUGGCUGUAGAGGACGAACUACGAUUCGAACUGAACGCAACGUUCAUAACAAAUUACGCGCUUGAUACUGUGGUCACGGACGCUGUGGAUAUUAUGCAGACUGAGUUCAAAUGCUGUGGGGCGAACCAAUAUACCGAGUGGCGUAAGAGUGCUUGGCACGAACAUGAUCCGAGAUUGCUAGUUCCUGACUCCUGUUGUAAGACUGUCACCACUCGCUGUGGUAUGCGGGACCAUCCCUCCAAUAUAUAUUACCAUGGUUGCGUGCACGAGUUCACGAAGCACAUACGAGAUCAGCUGGUCAUCCUCGCAGCCGUAGGAGUCGGUAUGUCCGUCAUACCUAUAUUCGGAUUCUUCUUCUCUUGCGUAUUGUAUGUCAAAAUAAAACAUGUCAUUGACUGA